AUGACUGCAGACACAUUUUCUGAUAACCUCUUCAAGCCUCUCAAAGUUGGCAAUAUUAUUCUCAACCAGCGCAUUGCAAUGGCGCCCCUUACUCGAGUACGGGCGCGCAUUGAGGGUGCUGUGCCAACCGACAUCAUGACAACGUAUUAUAAGCAACGUUCCUCUGCUCCUGGGACUCUUAUAAUCACUGAAGGUACUUUCAUUACACAACGUGCAGGCGGGUACCCUGGGGUUCCGGGAAUUUGGUCCGAGGAGCAAAUCAACGCUUGGACAAAAGUCACCACUGAAGUCCAUGCUCAAGGAUCAUUUGCGUUUCUUCAACUAUGGGCCCUUGGCCGUGUAGCAGCUCCCAAUUACCUUCGCUCUCUGGGCCAUGACCUUGUGUCGGCAUCUGAUGUUGCUAAUACCUCGGGAUCUGGGCGAAUGCUUAUUGGUAAAGACAAGCAUGGAGAAAGGCCAAGGCCACUCAAAGUGGAUGAAAUAAAAGAGUACGUCAAAGACUAUGCACAAGGUGCAAAGAAUGCAAUUGCAGCAGGGUUCGAUGGCGUGGAGAUCCACGCUGCAAAUGGUUAUCUCCCCCAUCAAUUCCUUCAAGAGUGCACCAAUAAACGCACAGACGAGUAUGGAGGAACAGUUGAAAAUCGGGCUUUGUUUGUCUUGGAAAUCGUAGAUGCUGUUGUGGCAGCAAUAGGUGCUGACCGGGUUGGAAUCCGGCUUGCUCCGUACAAUACAGCAGGUGGAAUGACGAGCGGGCCCGGAACGCUAGAGCAGUAUGCUUAUGUGUUGAAAGAGCUUGAAAAGCGAGGACAAUCUCCCAAUGGACGGUUAGCAUAUGUCCAUACUGUGGAAAAUCCACAGGAGGUGAAAAACUCUGUGGGAGAAACUGUUCUUAGAAGACCCAUGGAGUUUGUGCGCAAUGUUUGGACAGGUGUGUGGAUUAGGGCCCAACGGUUUGAUAGAAACCUGGCUUUGAAGUUUACUGAUGAGGAUGAUAAGGUUGUUAUUGCUUUUGGUAAGCCAUUUAUAUCAAAUCCAGACUUGGUUCGCAGAAUUAGAGAAAACUUGCCGUGGACUGAGCCAGAUUUUUUGACAUUUUAUGCACCGGGGCCUGAGGGAUAUAUCGAUUAUCCAUUGUAUCACUAA